AUGUCGACCACGGCGGUUAUUCCUUCUCUCUCCUUGACGACCGUCAAGAGACCCGCCGCCGUCUGCAGCCUCAACCCAAACACUUCCUCCUCCUCCGCCUCCUCUCCCGCUUUCAACCUCCCUCGCCUCAUCAGGAACGCCCCCGUCUUCGCCUCGCCUGCUGUUGCAUCCACCGCGGUAACUUUCAGUUCUCCCUCACUCCCCUCCACUAUCUCUCUAUGUGCUCUCUCUCUCUUCCUCCGUCCACGCCGGUCGGCGAGAUCGGACCGUCAGAUUGAAAAGGAACGGCUCAGAUUAGGGUGUAGAAUCUGAUCCAAUAAAAGGAAGGGAGAGAGAACAAAAACAAAAGGUUGAAACCGUAGAGCUAAUCACUCUCUCUCUGACGCGCAUGCGUAGCGAUGCGUAGGAUAGUGGCUCCAUUUUUCUAGGAGAGAGACGCAUCUGGGCGCUACAUCGUUCUUGGUCAAAGGGGCGCCAUGUCUCGCCACAUCAUCAAGUGGUGACGAAACAUCCGCUGGCCCUCUUGGAUGUGGUCCCCACCAUCCGCGAUCUCACCCUCGAUUCAUUUUAGCUACGAUUAUUCGCGAGGCACGGGAACGCGGGGGGAGAUGUUGCCAUACAAAUGGAGGGACAGAGGAGCUUCUCCGUUCACAGCCUGCGAAUUAGAACAGUGUAGAAGAGGAAGAAGAAGAAGAAGAAGAGAAAGAAGGGGAGUCGGAGGAGGAAGAAGAGGAAGAGAACGGAGACGGGGAAGGUCGGUGUUGCAGAAAUACACGGGGAUCGGAUGAUGACUCCAUGAUUCUCCUGCUCGCCCUCUUCUCAUUGUUUCUUUUGUGCGCAAUCAUGGUCGACCGAUGUGAAUCUCCACUCCGAUUUGAUUGCGGCCGCCUGCCCGUUCUCCUUGCGGCCAUCAGAAAAUCGUGGUUAUUUAUGCCUUUCAUUGUUCGUCGCAUUCUCCAUCAGGGAGGUCAGAUGAUUCGCGAUUUGCCUCGUUAAUUACGUCGCUUUCCCCGCUUCCCUUUCGCCGAUCUGCCGGAGGGACUGAGUUCUUCGUUUGGGAGAGGAUUCCGACACAAACUCUCGUAGAAUCCCAUUUCGAUCAUGUUUUCUUUGCUUAUCCGUCGGAAUUUUUGCAUCUUGGUUCGCGGUCUUUGCAAUUGCCUGCUGGUUGAGCGUAUAUUCUUCGUUUCUCCGUGACAGGUUGAAAGCAUGGAUGCUAUUCAGGCGUUGCAAUCCCGCUUCAGCAAGUUCAAGGAGGAUCUCUACGUGUAAUUCUCUCCUCUCUCUCUCUCUCUUUCUCUCUCUCCUCUGCCCUAUCCCCUUCCCCCACCACGAGGUCUGGGGGGGAACAUUCCGCAAUGAGAAUCUCCCCCUUUGCCCUCAAUAAUGGAAUCCCUUUCGGAAUCGCAUCCGUAAAUCCACUGUUCUCCAAGACGAACUCGAUCUCUUUGUAAUUGACUCCGGAAUCUGGUCAACAUAUGUGGGAUUCUCACUUGAUUUCGCUCCAUUAUUCGUCGCAGGAAGAAGCCGGAGCUGUUCAAGGAGCUCGCCGAGGGCCAGUCACCGGAGGUACCACUCCUGUGCAUUCAAUGCUUUGGAAUUUUCCCCCUUCCUUCCUCCCUGCUGGACAUUCAAGCUGGAGCAGACCCUGAUCUUGACCUAUUCGCCACCGAAAAUUUUCCCUGUUGUCGAGCCGUUGACCGGGGAUCAUUGCCAUUCGAUUUUCACGCGCGUUCUGAUUUCUUUUUUUCUUAAACUAUUGACCAAAAAGACUAACAAGUCUGACGGUUUAGACUUAAUUCGGGUAUCGAUUCCUCCCAUGGCAGUUCAUGGUGUUCGCCUGUGCCGACUCGCGCGUGUGCCCCUCGCACGUGCUCGGCUUCCAACCCGGGGAGGCCUUCACGAUCCGAAACAUCGCUAACAUGGUCCCCGCCUGGGAUCCGGUGCGUCCCCCCAACUCUCUCUCUCUCUCUCUCUGGAGAAUGCGGGUCCAGUCACCAUCUGCGACCCGCACGUUGAUCGGUCAGAGUCGCACGCGCUAAGCCGACCCAUGUCUUCCUCCACUGUGCAGACGAGGUACUCCGGAGUUGGCGCCGCCAUCGAGUACGCCGUCAUCCACCUCAAGGUCAGCGCCAUUCCGACAUAUUCUCACUCACUACGCCGCUAUUAAUCCACAACGUCAUAUUUAUAACUGAGAAACUAAAUUUCGCUAAGGAAUUUAAGACGUAAAUAAUAGGCUACUUUCUCGUAAUUAUGACUAUCUAAUAGCUAAGUCAACUCUAGAUAUCGUAUACGGUAGCGGUUGCGCCAGCUGGCGUGCCAUGAGUCGUAGGUGAUCUGACCGUCGGCUCAACGAACCGGAUGGGAGGUUGGUGGGGAGGAUGGAAAUCCAGUGGGUCCCCCGAUCUAUGUGUGGUCAGUAGUGGCCGGCUAAACUGUUCCCGAGGCACAAAUUAUGCUCUCGUGGAAUCGGGAGAGAGCUGAAAAAACUCUCCCUCGCCUGCGUAGGUGAAUAAACUGCUGACGCGUGUUUUGGAUGUGGUGGGCCCCAGGUGAAGAGCAUCCUCGUCAUUGGCCACAGCCGCUGCGGAGGAAUCAAGGGCCUCAUGUCCCUGCCCGACGACUACAGCACUAGCACGUGAGUUGGUUCCAGAAGCAUAUGGACAACUCUCCCUCACUUUCUCUCUCCUCUAGUGAUCCGCUCACUGCUGUCCUCCGUCGCCCACGCAGGGCCUUCAUCGAGGACUGGGUCAAGAUCUGCCUGCCGGCGAGGGAGAGGGUGAAGGAGGCCCACGCCCAUCUUCCGUUCGCUGAGCAGUGCACCGAGUGUGAGAAGGUGAGAAAGCGAGCCGCUUCUUCUUCUUCUUCUCCUUCUUCUCCUUCUUCUUUAUCAUCGUCAUCGUCGUCGUCAUCAUGAUUUCUUCUUCUUCUUCUUUCUCUCAGGUGGCGGUGGACGUCUCCCUCGAGAACCUCCUCACGUACCCUUUCGUGAAGGACGGAAUCCAAAACAAGACCCUGUCUAUCCUCGGAGGGUACUACGACUUUGUCUCCGGCAAUUUCGAGAGCUGGACCCCCAAGACCAACUGA